UAACGAACUUGGCAAGUAUAAUAUAUUCACUGAUAGAACAUUGUAACAUACUCCUAAUUCAACUGACCCGGAAAAAAAAAGUAACAUAACUUAACUCUUUCUCAAUCACCAUCGGCCAUCACAUUACUCGCACCAACAAGACAAAAAUACAAAUCCAUCAUUGCUCGCACCAAGCCAACAGAGAGAGCAAAGCAAGAACGGCACUCUGCCAGUGGAGUGACAUCCAUCGACCGGCAUGUCGACGGCGUCGUCGGAUCAGCAGCAGCAGCAGCCGCAGCACAGGGGGCUGUGGAGCCUCGGCGGGACGGCGGAGCUCGUGGCGGCGUUCACGGCGGUGUGCCUCGCGCUGUACGGGGCGGUGCUCUACCUCAACUACCUGUACGUGCGGUGGAGCGGGCGGGACGGCGUGCGCCGGGCGGCAUCCGGCCCCGAGGCCGGGCCGGCGGCGAGGAAGAGGGGCGCCGGAGGAGGGCUCGACGAGGCGGCGCUGGCGGCCAUGCCGGUGUUCAUGUUCGAGGCGGAGCCGCGCGGGGCCGGCGAGGAGUGCGCGGUGUGCCUGGGCGCCAUGCAGGACGGCGACGCGGUGCGCGCCCUGCCCGGGUGCAGCCACGCGUUCCAUGCCGGGUGCGUCGACGUCUGGCUGGGCGCGCACGCCACCUGCCCCGUCUGCCGCGCGCGCCCUGCCCUCCCGGCUCCGGCAGCCAAGCACGGCUCCAUGACGGCGGAGGCCGCCGGACGGGCGCCGGACCUGGAGAGCCCGGUAUAG